UCCAUAUAUUGUCAUCCCAAAGGCACUUAUGUACAGCACAAGAAAAGCAAGCUGGAAUGUAAAACGUUGAGCAGUUUUGCAUUCCACAAAGCCAAACGGCAUGCAGGUUGAAGUAACAAGGAGAGCACAGGUUAACAUGGAGCAAAAGCGGCCAACCAUCGCCGGCGAUGAAGAAAUGGCGGCGGAGAAACCGUUAAAACCGACACUCCAGAAACCACCGGGGUUCCGUGAUCAAGAGAAUCCACCAGCUCCGCCGUCUGGAACGGCAACGCUUCCUCGUCGCCGUCCGAGACCUAUCCAUCCAGCUUCACUCUACCCGGAGAAGAAACGGCGGUGGAGCCCGUGCCGCGUUUUCUGCUGCUGUCUCUGUAUCUUCGUCGCCGUGAUUCUCCUCCUCCUCCUCAUCGCCGUCGCUGUUUUCUUCCUUUGGUACAGCCCGAAACUUCCCGUGGUCCGCCUGGCCUCUUUCAAAAUUAGCAAUUUCAACUUUUCCGAAGGAAACCCCGACGACGGAUGGUCGUUUUUGACGGCGGAUGCGACGGCCAUGCUCGACUUCAGGAACCCAAACGGAAAGCUUGGGCUUUACUACGGAGAUGCUGACGUGGCUGUGAUCCUCGGAGAGAAAGACUUUGAGACCAAUCUAGGGUCAACGAAAGUCAAAGGCUUUAUUGAGAAGCCAGGGAAUCGGACGGCCGUGAUCAUCCCAACGAGGGUGAGGAAACGACAGGUGGAUGAUCCGACGGCGAAGAGACUGCGGGCAGAGCUGAAGAGUAAGAAGUUGUUGGUGAAGGUGACAGCUAAAACGAAGGUUGGAUUGGCUGUGGGCAGUCGCAGGAUUGUUACUGUGGGAGUUAGUGUCAGAUGCGGAGCCGUUAGAUUACAAACGCUUGAUUCGCAAAUGGCCAAAUGCACCAUCAAAUUGCUGAAAUGGAUAAAAUUGCGCUCAUGAGAAACGGCGUUGAUUUGUACUGUACGUGUCAAAUGUAUUCUUCAGCCAUAUUUCUAAUUUUUCUACCGGAUUCACUAUAAAGAUAUAUGUUAUACAAUACACACACACAUGAUCGUUGUUAGCUGUUUGUUCUAUGUUUUUGGCAUUUACAUUACCAAAUUGUUAUUUUCUUUUGUUUGGUUUAAGUUCCAAAUUGUUCAAUCAAGGUGUGAUUGUCUCGAUGAAGACAAGGCUGUUAUGCGCGUUUGUUAAAAAAAACUGAUUUAAUCAAAAUAUGAAGGCAAGAAACCGCUUGCUCUUGUUCGAUAUAAUUGCC